AUGAAUCCCCUAAACGAUGAAAAGUUGGAAAAAAUUUCCAACAGCGAACUAAUUAGGAGGAUCAUGGAGCUGCAGAAUUCGUUGAUAAUUAUCUCUGACCAUAUGGAGUUACUAAAAAACAAAAAUAGAAUAUUAGAUGAAGAGAAUGAAAAGUUAGAAAAACACAUAAGAGACAUUGUAAACGAUGUGAAAACAGAACUUACACAAAAGUUUGACCAAAAAAGGUCACCUCAGUUUAGUUAUGCCCCGGUUAUGCGUGAGGAGGAGGAGGCAGCAGAAAAUUGCAACGGUUUUUAUAGCGAACAGGAACGGACUGUUCAACGUGAGCCCUGCCAAGGGCAGACAUAUGCAAACCCUAACUCGGUUGCACCUGUCCCUACAGAUGCCGCUUCACCGAGUGGGGGCACACCAUACGGAGACUCCUCACUAAUCGCACACACCACCAAUGUGCAGUCGGGGCAACACACAAAUCGUGCCACCCCAAAUGAAAACGAAACUAAAAGUGAUCAAACAAGUUUUGAAAACAUUUCAGAACAACAUGUAAAUAAUAAAAACCUCCAGAAAAAGGAGGGGCAAAAUUUAAACCUUCUAAAAGAACCCACAAAAAGUAAUAUAUAUAAUUUACUUAUGGAAACAGAAAAGUUAAAUUCCAUAUUUAACAUUGCCUCGAAUGUUCUCAACACGUCAUUUUUCAGCACAUCAAAAGAACAGGAUGGGAAGAGAAAGGGGAGUCAAUGCGUCCAAGUGUCUCAGGGGGUAAACCCUAUCGAGUUAGAUAAGCAGACACAAUGGAGGGGUUCCAAAAAUUGCAAACAGGAGCCCAACCGAACGGAGGGAAUUUCACAGGCGAAGAAUUAUGUGAACUGCCCAGGUGGAGGUGUUCCCCAGGGGGGUGCAGAAGUAAAGGGAGGAGAGGAAGCAAAAGAGAAUAGAGGCAUAACGGACGGGGUGGAAAUAAUGGAGGGCGCAGAAAUAAAGCAGCCGGUGAACAUAGCUGAGGGAGUUGACGCAGAAGAGGACGCUGAUAUAACGGGGGAAGCGCUUAAUGAGGAGGAAAGCCCCACUGGGCCGGACACCGAAAAAGUGGAAGACGAAAUACCCAGCGAGGUCGGACACAGUCUCGAUGAUAAAAUUGCCACCCCUCUGGAUUCACACCAAAUGGAAGAAAGUCUAAAUGGGGAAAAGGACAAAAACGAUGGGGAUGAUCAGACAAAGGAGAGCACACCUGACAAGGGGGAUACCAUCAAAAGGGAAAGUUAA